AUGCAACUCGUGCGGUGGCUGGGCCUGCUGGUCGCGGUCGUCGCCGCGCGCGAUGCGCCGACCGACGAGACGUGCGCGCUGGACGACCAUGGCCACGCCAGCUGCACCAAGCCAGCGACGAUGCUGUCGGUGGAGAUCGGUGUCGGCUGCAAGCCCAAGAAGCGCCGUCAAGUGACCAAGGCGGCCAACGCCAACGUCGGCGCCAACUGUGGCGAAGACGCGUACUACGUGAGCUCUCUUGCGCACCCAACGUAUAUGAGCUUUGGCGUGGCUGACGGCGUUGGCGGCUGGACGGAAAGCGGCGUCGAUCCGUCGGCGUUCUCGCUGGCGCUCGUGGCCGGAGCCAAGGCGUCGUUCGAGUCGUCACCGCGCCUCGACCCGCUCUCGCUCAUGGAGGAUGGCUUCCAGCACGUUUUGCGUGGCGGCGAUGCCAAUCCGGGCGGCUCCACCGCGGUGUUUCUCGCUCUCGACCGAGCAACCGGAGCGCUCGAGACGGCGAACCUCGGGGACUCGGGCUACCUCCUCAUACGGAACGGCCGCGUCGUCUUUCGAAGCGUCGAGCAGACGUGGGCAUUCAACGCGCCGUACCAGCUCUCGCUGUACCCGUCGUGGAUGGAGAGCCCGGACGUCGACCCGUACUCGCCGGCCAGCUCGUUCACGACCCGCCAUACGAUCGAAGCAGGCGACAUGAUCAUCAUCGGCUCGGACGGGCUCUUUGACAACGUGUUUGACGCUGAAAUCCUCGACGAGACGAUGCGUUUUGUGGCCCCCGUGCUCGCCACGUCGUCGUCGCCGCAAGCGCUGCGACAAGCCAUGAUCGAUGUCUCGUACUCGCUCACUCUAAUGGCCAACGCCUUUGCCCACGAUCAAGGUCGCGAAUCUCCCUUCUCCAAGCUCGCGCGGGAGGGCUAUGGGUAUCAAUUCAGCGGCGGCAAGGUCGACGACACGACGGUGGUCGCCAUCUACGUGCACAACCAGAAUGCGUAGCUGCGAACCAAGAAGCUGCGUCCUUAAUACGACCGCGAGUUAUCGUGCAUGUAUUGGAUCGACGAAACGUUUCCAUCGCC